AGUGUUGAUGAUAAGGCUGUCUCAGAUUUUAACUCAUUGACAGAUGUCAUCAAUGGUUCUAAAUUAGAGGACAAGCAAUCUACUUCGAACAAAUCAAAGAUGUCGCUACAACGCUUGACAGCGCUCCGAGCGCUAAUGGCGAGCCAGCCGACUGCGCUGGCCGCGUACAUUGUUCCUACUGCUGACGCCCAUAACUCGGAGUACAUAGCCCCGGUUGACGCGAGGCGGGAAUGGUUGUCUGGUUUUAUGGGGUCCGCGGGCAUCGCCAUCGUGACGUCAGCAAAAGCUCUCGUCUGGACGGAUGGAAGAUACUACACUCAGUUCCAGAAUGAAGUUGAUCUGAAUGUAUGGACGCUUAUGAAGCAAUCACUACCUGAUACGCCCUCUAUGGACAAGUGGUUGACGAGUAACCUCGUAUCCGGUUCUGUAGUGGGUGUCGACCCUCACACCAUGACCAGGGAGGAGUGGACGCCUCUACAGACGGCAUUAACGAAGGCUAAAAUGCAAUUACUGGCCGUGGAUAAAAAUAUGAUCGAUUUGACGAGAUUCCAACUGAACGAUCUUCCACCGGAGCGACCUUCAAAAGAUAUCAUGCACCUUCCCAUCGAGUACACAGGAAAAACAGCCGGACAGAAGAUAAAAGAACUUAGAGAUAAAAUGACCGAGAAGAACGUUUCCGCUCUUGUUAUAACAGCGUUGGAUGAGGUCGCAUAUACACUAAACCUUCGGGGUAGCGACAUUAACUACAAUCCGGUAUUCUUCUCGUAUCUCGUCAUCACCCCCUCAUCGGUGGUACUGUUCUGGCGUGACGGGAAAAUACCGCAGGAUAUACGGGAGAUACUGUCGGAAGAAGGCGUCGAUUUGAAGGGGAGGCCGUAUGAUGAAAUCACUCGAGCGUUGAAAGAAUUAGCCAGAGAGCUGUCGGAAAACGGCGAUGGCGAGCAUUCGAUUUGGUUGUCCAGUGAAGCGAGCGAGGCGGUUCACCGGGCGGCCUCUGGGGAAGGUGAUUUGAAGAAACCCUUGAAUUUGGUCUCCGAAAUGUCUCCGGUCGCGUUGGCUAAGUUAGUCAAGAACCCGGUGGAGUUGGAGGGUUUUCGUCAGUGUCAUAUAAGAGACGGCAUAGCGGUGGUACGUUUCUUCAAAUGGUUGCACGAUCAGAUCGACGGUGGUACCACCGUCACCGAGGUGCAGGCUGCUGAUAAGCUGCUAGAAUUCAGAACAGAGGAGAAGUAUUUCAUGGGUCCGUCAUUCGAGACGAUACCAGGCGCGGGCGAAAACGGCGCCAUAAUACACUACAGUCCCUCCCGUGACGGACCUCAGAGGGAAAUCCGAGCCAACGACAUGUUCCUACUGGACUCCGGUGGACAAUAUAUGGACGGCACAACGGAUAUAACACGUACGAGACACAUGGGGGCGCCAACGUUGGCCCAAAAGGACGCGUUCACUCGCGUUCUUAAGGGACAGAUCGGUGUUGGAUCAGCGCUGUUCCCUAAAGGGGUCAAGGGUAAUGUGCUGGACACACUCGCCCGCAAGUCACUCUGGGACUCCGGCCUGGACUACGCGCACGGAACCGGACACGGCGUGGGACACUUCCUGAACGUUCAUGAGGGUCCCGCCGGUGUGUCCUGGAGGCCCUAUCCCCAUGAUCCUGGUCUAGCGCCCGGUCAGAUACUUAGUAACGAACCUGGUUAUUACAAGGUCGGAGAGUACGGCAUAAGGCACGAGGACUUGGUGGAGAUCAUAUCUGUAACCAACAGCAGCGAUCACCCCAGGGCAUCAAAACUUCUCGGUGAUUUCGACGGUCGUGGUGUUUUGGGAUUUAGCACGUUGACUCUGGUACCAAAUCAACGGAAGUGCUUGAAACUCGAUUUGCUGGACGACUUUGAGAUUGAAUACAUAAACGCUUACCACUCGCGAGUGUUCAAAGUUCUCGGAGAGAUUUUGAAGAGUCGCGGCUUGGAAGAAGAUUACGAGUGGCUGGCGAACGAGUGCGAACCCGUAACGAGGUCUUGAAAAUUGUUCCCGAAAAUGCUUUUAAUAAUACAUGAUAAUAUUUAUUGAUCGUAUUUUAAUCAUUUCAUAAAUUAUAUAACUGGC